AAUUAAAAAAGAGCACAGUGAAAAGUCAUGUGAAGCCCAAUGCUGAUUACCAGGCUAGGGAGGGUGCGGAGGCAGGUGGGAUGACAGACGCCAAAACACAGUUCCAUGGAGGGAAUCGUCCUUCGUGCCUCACGGCACACAGGGAACGAUGGCUGACAGUAACACAUGAUGUAUUUAUGAAUGACCGGAAGGGAAGAGCUCAAACACUCCAAGCUUGGAGUGAUGGUAGGAAGACCGAGAAGCUGACUGCUCUGACGUAAUCAGUAUGAUCUGUGUAAUCAUGCAUGCGUUAGAUGUCACCUUUACUGCAGAGACAGGUGCCAUUCUGACAUGUAAAUUGAAAUCUUAAGUAAUAAUAAAAUAUAUGAAAAAUUAAAAAACAAACACGGAGUACAGUAACAACAUGCAGUACUGAACCGGCUGUCGCUUGCCCAUCUACACAGCUCAUCUAACUUCUGCUGGCACUAGAACUGAUAUUAUGGUUCAAUUUUAAGGCAUGGUAGAUGCAGACCAAAUAGAAGCCUAUGUCCUCGUAACAAACAGAAUAGAAAUAUUUUAUUUUGUUACAUUUUUGUUAACAUUUUCUAUUGUAUCUUACCAGACUAACUUGUAUCUAGCUUUGAAAAGUGGCCUUUAUUAAUAGAAGUCUCAAUUCAGAAGAAGUGGAAAGUUAAGGGAUGCCCCAGGAGCAUAGUAUGAUAAUGUUCAGAUUUGGGACUCUAUUUAAAACACAGCUGGACAGGUGCCCAGCCCAGAGGCUGCACUCUAAAGGAUUCCACACCAAGGACAACAAAUUCUACCAACAAGCUGACAUCAGACAACCAAGAGGACUUCAUGUCACUUACAGCAGAAUCCAGAGAGAAACCUGUCAGCCGGAGGACGGGUUUCAGAGGUGACAUCUGCCAGGUGAGUCUAUUCAGACUGUCUGGAGUCUCCAACGUUUAGCUUUUAUUUCAUUCACUCAAUUAAGAUUUUUUUCUGCAACAGUUUUUUCAUACCUACCCAUUAGGUUCAGAGUUUUGACUGUACUAUUUCAUUGAUCUGUCUACAAGGAAGAUUACGAGUUUUCUCUCCCUAAUAGCUCCUGAGACCUCUCUGGACUUCCCACAGUAAAGUGUUGCAUGCUAGCAAACGGGAAUGUUCCUCUACAAUCUUACAAGUUCCCAGGUUUGCAGGUUGGGGAUUAUAACAACCAGUGUGGAAAAUGCAGUAUCACACUCUCGAUCUGGGACAAGGCUUUUCAGUUCUCAAACUGAGAGAAUUCUUCCCACAACCUGAACAAAUGGAAUUUCUAUUGGCAAGAGCUGGGAAGGGGAAAGAUUUCACAGCAGGCAAAAGCAAAAGGAAGAAGCCAUGUCGUGAUAAUCAAGAUCAAAUCCUGCAAAAAUAUCAAAGAAAAUUAUCAUUGAAAAGUUAUCAUUGCAUAAGAUAUUCAAAAUACAAAAUUCUUUAUAUAAUAAGGCAUGAUGAAAAUUGGGGUGUCAUGGAGAGUUGGGUAGUGAAAGGAGUGACUGCAAAAUCAGAUUUAAAAAAAACUGUUGCUUUGAUUGGCAAAAGUACAAAAAAUCUGAAAGAUAUUUGAAAAAAUCCAGGGUUCACUUAAAGACAAUAGUGUGAUAUUUAGGGUUGAUGGAUUAUGGUGUCCUACGAGCUCAGCCUCUGAUAUUUCAUCUCUCUACUGGGUCUGCUCUGCAGAAAAAGCAAUUAAUACAUGUUGUCUACUAAUGCCACGAUUGCUUAACAGUUUUUACUCCCUAACAGAUAUUCAGCUUUAUAUCAAUAAUUUGCCAAAUACUGAGAUUCAUUCAAUCACUACGAUAAUAAUGGUCAUGAAUUAAACAUGAAGAACCUCCGUGUGACUGUCCUACAUGGAAAUUGUUCAGGCACAGACACGCAUGCAAGAUGGACUAAGAAGUAAUGUAUCAAUGAAUUUUGUCCUACAAAUCUCUAUUUUACCACUGAAAUAAUAAAUUCAGCUAAAGAAGAUUUGCCUACUAGUGGGGGAAUAUUAAUGUGUAAAUAAUUUCUUUCUCCUGAAAUUAUUAGACAGGCAUCACUCACAUAAUUGGUGAAGAAAUUUUCUAGAAAACUUAAAGACAAAAGUCUGAUAACAGAACAGGAAGCAGCCUCACUUGCCUUCAUCUAAUACAUUCAAGAUUUUAUCACUUUUUAUGUAAGCAUUCUCCUAACUACUGUAACUGUACCACUUUUUUAUCACCCAAUCUAAUGACUUAAAUUCUAGGCUAUGCAAUCCCCUAUUAGCAGUGAAAAGGAGGUGGGUGGAUAUAUUUUCUACCAUUGAUCCUGAGUUCUCAUCACUCUACCCACAGGUGGUCUGAAAUCACUCCCGUGCACAAGUCAAUGGGCGGCCUGAAUGACUCUGUGGUCUCUGAGUUUGUGUUGCUGGGACUCUCCACUUCUUGGGGAACUAAGGUUUUUCUCACGUUGACAUUCUCCUUGCUCUAUGUGGGGAUCAUCCUGGGAAAUCUCUUCAUUGUCUUCUUGGUCAUUGCUGAUUCUCACUUGCAUUCUCCUAUGUACUUCCUGCUGGCCAACCUGUCCCUAAAUGAUGUUGGGGUUUCCUCUACCACGGUUCCUAAGAUGAUCUCAGAUCUUUUAAGUGAAUACAAAGUAAUCUCCUUCCAAAGCUGUAUGACACAGAUAUGCUUCAUCCACAUCAUGGGAGGAGUGGAAAUGGUGCUGCUCAUAGCCAUGGCAUUUGACAGGUACAUUGCAAUCUGUAAGCCUCUUCACUACUUGAACAUCAUGAGCCCUAAAAGAUGUGUUUCAUUUGUAGUCAUUGGCUGGGUAACUGGAGUUGUCCAUGCGAUGUCUCAAUUUGCUUUUGUGAUAAACUUGCCUUUCUGUGGGCCUAAUAAAGUAGACAGCUUUUACUGUGACUUUCCUAGGAUAAUCAAACUUGCAUGUACAGAUGGGGCCAAGUUUGAGUUUGUUGUUGCUGCCAACAGUGGCUUCAUGAGCAUGGGCACCUUCUUCCUGCUAAUCCUUUCCUACGUCUUCAUUCUGGCCACCGUCUGGAAACGUUCUGCAGGGGACUUAUCCAAGGCACUCGUCACGUUGUCAGCUCACAUCACGGUGGUCGUACUUUUCUUCACUCCGUGCAUGUUUCUGUAUGUGUGGCCUUUCCCCAAGUCAUCAAUAGACAAAUACCUGUUCAUUGCUGAUUUUGCUAUCACCCCUGCCUUGAAUCCUAUCAUCUAUACACUAAGGAACAAAGAAAUAAGAAUAGCAAUUCAAAGAAUGAGGAAAUGGAGACAUUCUGACAGAUUUUCCUGAGCGCAGAUUUUUUUUUUUUUUGUAAUUCUAAUCUGCACAUUCACCUACCUGGUGGACAUCUCCUCUUUGGCAACAGCCAGUUAACACAGCCAAUAACAGGAUAUCGCAUCUACCUCACUAAACUGCUCACUUAUUUUCUAUUCAUAUUGAACUUCCAGUCACUGCUUUCAGUACUAGAGAAAAACUGAAUCCAAUGAUAAAAUAGGUUGUUUUAGCAGACAGCAACAUAUUUAUAGUUUCUUUAUUUAACCUGUGAUCACUGAGCAUAAUAAAGGAUAUAAUGAAAUAUCUUGUUUCCCAUGACAUUCACAAAUACAAGAGGUCUGCAAAUAGUUCAAGUAAAAUGUGUGCUAUAAGAAAACUAUGUGUGGGUUUCAAAAUUAUUUGCACCAAAUUAAAUUACCUUUUAACGCGAUAUUUCCAUGAACUUUUUGAAGCCAUUCCAUAAGCUGCAAACUUGUGUCCUGAACAUCAGAAACCUCACAUGAAUGGUCACAAACUUGAGAUGAAUGCGUCUCCAGCUUGCUACACAGGGUUCCUCCUGAAGAAUAUUCAGAAAUAAACACUGAAAUUGGUUUUUAGGCGUAUCCGAGGGGCAGUGACAGAAGAGGAGAAUGCUUAAGCUGAUAACACAACAGAGAUGCAAGCCCUGUAGCCCUCCGGGAGCCUGGACAGACAGUGUCAUCUAGAGUUGUCUCAGGUGAAGGACAAACUAUUGAGGCAUUUCUUCAUUUCUGAAGUUUGCACUGUUCUUCUUUCUCCAGUCUCUCCCUGUGUGUGUUUUAGGAAGCCACAGAAAAAUUGUCAGAUAGCCUUUCUGGAGUUUAUAAUAAAGAACCAUAACCAAUAAAAGCAAAAACUGGGUAAUUUCCCAAUAGUUCCUUGUUAAUUAUGUAGGAAAAUAAACUUCCCUUCUCUUUUAUUCACUUAAUAAUUGUACUUAAUAUUAACUGUUACAGGAGCAUAAACAAUAGUUGUCAUUGAAAUGUUUCUCUCUCUCAAGCCCCGCAAGGCCAGCUGCUCGAGUGUCCAUUCAGCAAUGGGUAU